AUGAAAGUGAUGAAGUGCAUUCUCAAUUUGUUUCUCUUUUUUAAAGUAGUUUCAUUAGGAUUUGCAGAUGUGGUACCGGUGCCAUCAUUUGAAAUUAGUAAAGAGUCAAUUUUGAAGCAUUUGUCAUUAGACAACAUUACUUUGGAUCUUCCAGCUUUAUACGUAUUCGGAGACAAUUUUGUUGAUGCAGGAAAUAAUAAUUAUCUCAAUUUACCUCGAAUUCAAAGUAAUUAUUCUCCGUAUGGAAUAGAUUUUGAUGGAAAACCCACCGGUCGUUACACCAAUGGUAGAACAGUAGCAGAUUUCAUUGCUCAAUUUACUGGUUUGCCAUUUCCUCCACCAGUACUAAGUUUGUCAAAAGAUGCUAAGAGAGUUCCUCAAACUGGUUUAAAUUAUGCUACUGGUUUCACCGGCAUCUGUAGAUUAUAUGACAAACCAUUCGAACCGAUGCCGGCCUUGAAAGAGCAAGUAGAAUUAUUUGAACAAACAACUAUAAAGUUACGAAGUCAAUUUGGAAGCGAGGAAAGUUUUUCCAAGUACAUGUCAGGAUCUUUAUUUUUCAUUAACACAAUUUCUUUCGACUUAGAUCACGCGUGGUAUGGACUGGGUUAUCUCUAUCAUGAUUACUAUCAUCAUCAACUUAUUAUAAAAGAUUUAUCUGAACAUUUGCAGAGAUUAUAUCAACUCGGUGCUCGUAAAAUUGUGGUGAAUAACGCUUUUCCAUUAGGAUGCCAACCAAAUUUAAAUUUACGUGACAAUUGCAACGAAGUACCCAAUGAAAGGGCAAUGUUAUUUAACCAGAUGCUAUCUAAUUUAACAAAAGAUUUGCAAUCCACGCUUCCAAAAUCACAGUUUGUUCUUGUAGAUCUAUAUAAGAUUUUUGAAGAUGUUUUUAAAUCGCCUGCAUCAUAUGUUGAAAGGUGCGUUGAAAAUGUAGAACCGUGCAAAGAUAGAAGUAGCAAUGUUUUCUUUGAUGGAUUCAACCCUACAGAGAGUAUGCAUUUUAUAUGGGCAAGACGUUUGUUAAAGGAUUCAUCGACUCAGUUUUCCCCUCUAAAAGAACAGCUUCCGCCCCUCCUUCUCCUCCUUGUUCCAGCCGGCGGUGAACAGCACCGCCACCUCCAUCAGUCGAAGAGCCUAGUGAAGCUGGUACUCAAUAGAUUUUUCCGGACUGAUCCUGUUAUCGAGAAUGAUUUACUUGAUUCCGGAUUUACUGAAAUGAAAAGCAUGAUUGCUCGAUUUUUGAUUUCUGAACACUGGAUUACUGAACUGAUAAUCUAUUUGAACUCUGAAUUACUGUUACUACUGGUUACCGUCUGA